AUGUGGAUCAGUUGCUCUUCUUGCAAGAUGGGGUGCGGUUUACUUGUAAUGGGUUUAUUCCGUAUGCAUGAGCUGGUCUAUGAGGAGCUUUGUGUGGAGUUCUUCUCAAUAGUUAAUUUUAGGAAGAAAGAUGAUGUCACAAAUCCUGAAAAUUUCACAUUCUGUCUUGGAGGGCAAAGGCGGCAAAUUCACCUUUGCGAAUUCACGUGGCGAUUAGACAUUUACAACUGUUCUGAUGCACUUUCUCUGGAGUUCGUCUUUUUCCUGGAGCAUUAUCACAAGAGGCUUCCUGAGGGGAUCACUAAGUCGGCAUAUUGGACCGAAAUCCCUAAUGGGUUGUAUAUUAUAGGGUCCGCACCCAAGAAGAAGAUUAGGAAGGUCGUACAUCGUUUCAUUCACCGAUCAAUCACAUUCUCAAAUAACCAAAAGAUGGAAGGGGACUGGGUCCUAAAAUUGGAUGUGUUCUUUCUAUGGUGUAUCAUUACACCAAAUAAUUUGUGUCACCUUCCUUAG